AUGGCUCUGCAAACGUACACCUAUGAGGAGAAGUAUUUCCCUUGUGCCAGCACUGAAGUGGAAGAAUGUCGACGCCAUGGAUACGAAUUGACGGACAAGACGUUGGGCAGCGGUGCUUACGCCAAAGUGAAGCUAGCAUAUGCUUCAGAGUCCAAGAUAGUGAGAAAUGCAAAGCUGACGAACGACCUUUCAAGAAAAGGAAACUCCAUGGUUGCCAUCAAAAUUAUAUGCCGAAAAGACGCACCUCCAGACUACAUUAAUAAAUUUAUGCCAAGAGAAAUCGAAGCUUUAAAAACAACAUAUAGACACGAAAACCUGAUUCAGUUAUAUGAAUAUUUUCGAACCGAGUUGAGAAUAUAUCUUAUUAUGGAAUUUGCCGCAAGUGGUGACAUGUUAGAAUUCAUCAAUAAUACAUCCCUCAAGAAUGGACUCGGUGGAAUUGGUGAAGAACUGUCAAGAAGACUGUUUAGACAAUUAGUUUCUGGAAUUCUGCACUGUCAUCAACUGGACGUGGUUCAUAGGGAUUUGAAAUGUGAAAAUAUUUUACUGGAUGAAUAUAAGAAUAUAAAACUUCUCUCUCUUACUAUUGGUGAUGAAAACAACUGUUUUCCAUUGCUUGUUUUAUUUAUGUGUGAACAACACUGCAAUUUUGGAUUUGCUACUCGCAUUCCAAACAACAAGUCUCAUCUACUGAAGACCUUUUGUGGCUCAUACGCAUAUGCAGCACCGGAAAUAUUAACAGCGACGCAUUACGAUGGAAAACUGACUGAUAUAUGGAGUCUAGGUAUUAUUCUGUUUGCUAUGGUGAAUGGUAAACUUCCGUUCAGCGAUAACAACUUGAAAUCAUUAAUCGAACAAACAAAACAAAAAUUAGAAUUUAAGCCUUGGAUUACAAACGAAUGUCAGGAUCUUGUUUGUCGUCUUCUUAGAGUCAAACCACUAGCCAGACUAAAAGCGCAUGAAAUCCUACGCCAUCCAUGGUUGAUGAAAAACAAUCCCAGAAAUGACAGAAUCAAGAAAAUUCGAUGUGCAAUACUCCAAAAUCAAUCAAAUGAAGAUAUUAGCAUUGAGGAUAUUGAAGAUGACGACGAAGAAGAAAUAGAUAUUGACGAGUAUCUUGAAAGUAAUGGAGAGAAUCUGGUUACAAAAACACCAAGUUUCUCUAUGUUUAGAGCUCCACGAAGUCCAAAGAAAAGAGUCACAAACUCACCAGCUACAAAUGCCGAAAAAACCAAUAUUGCACACUAUCAUGAGUUUGUAUUGAACAGUGAAAAAGCACUCCGGUGUACGCCUAUUCUAAAUCCAUCUCACCCAAAAGAAAAACCUGUCAAAAUGGAGAAGGUAGUAGCAUCAAAACCCAAAACGAGAGUCAUAAUGACAAAAUUGUUAGCAGAAAAGAAAAAACAAGCAAGUAAGCUCUGUGAUCAAAACAUAAUGGAUACCAAAGCAGCUGGUGAAAGUUUCCUAGUGAAAAACAUUUACCAGAAAGCAGAAGUCAAAGAGAAGAAAGAAAAGAACGAAACAGAACAAGAAAAAUUGAGAGAAAGAAAGCGACGUGAAAUGAGACGCAAGCUACUUGGAAUACCUGUGUUAUAUGGGCAAUACAGAGAUCUGUUGAGACCAAAAACCCAGGAGCAGUUAUCUAAGAUGAUUGGUUCAGUUAAAGGGAAAGGACCUGUUUCACAAAGUAAAGUCAUCGGCGCACCCAAUCAACAUAAGGGAAGCAUACUUCCACCAUUACUGAAACAGAAAGGAGAUGAAGCCAACACCACUACAUUUAGGUACACGUACUCAAAAAAAAACAACGAAGAUGUACAAAAUAAAAAUAAAGCCAAGACUAAGGUGACACUAGUGCAGUUAAAAAGCAACAAUUCGCAACUACCGAGCAAAACCCAGGAUGUAUUUCUAAACUAUAAAGCCAGGCAGGUGAGGGAAAAACAGUGUCAAAGUGUGACAAACAAUUCACCAACUUCAAAGUUUUAUUCAAACUCGCAACAGAUUUAUGCAGGAAGUAUCUCUGAACAUGGACAGUGUGCUAAGAAGGCCACCAGAAAGUGCCUUUAUCAGAAAACCAAAGUGCAGGGAAAGUUUCCUAAACUUUACAUGCAAAGAGCCAAGGUUGUGGUAAACUGA